AUGGGCAAAUUGAGCAGCCUUAUGCUGUCAGACAUUGAUGGCUUUAAGACAGGAGGACGCGUGCACCUCCUGGAGACAAUUGACAAACUACGCGAGCUAGGCAUCAGUGAGAGCGUCUCACUUCCCCAGGUAAUGCAUUCAUUUUCUCACGCGUUGGGCUUUGUUUUGCUGAAGAAAUGGCAGCUAGUCGUUGUCGGCGAUCAAUCCAGUGGAAAAUCCUCUCUCCUAGAGGGCAUGACAGGCUUCUGCUUCCCCGUGGCCAGCGACUUGUGUACUCGGUUCGUUACACAGAUUGUCCUCAUUCGAGGCCCCGAAAGCAACGCAGGAGUUCGAGUUACAAUCAUACCCGGUCCAACGACUCAGAUGGAUGGUGAGUUCAAGGCACACCUCUUAGGAUUCGAGCGGAAGAUGGUAGAAGAAGAUUUUGGGGGUGAUGACUUGAGGCAAAUCUUCAAUGAGGCUGCAAGACACAUGGGUGUCCCGGGGCCUGAUACUGAGGACCCGAAGAACCUGGACAAGCGAUUUUCUGAUGACAUUCUGAGAAUCGAGAUUUUCGGCCCUCAACAUCAAAACUUGAGUGUGGUGGAUGUGCCUGGCUUGUUCCACAACCCCACGGACUACCAAACGGAAGAAGAUCGCGACACCAUUCGCAAGCUGAUUAAAAGCUACCUCAAUGAUAAAAGAACCAUUAUUUUGGCAGUGAUGGAUGCGAGAAACAACUUUGCCAAUCAAGAAGUAUUCUCUAUGGCUCAGGCCGCAGACCCUGCAGGAGCUCGCACAGUCGGAAUCAUUACCAAAUGCGACGCCUUGGAGCCUGGCGAUGAGGACAGGGUUUUGAAAAUCGCGAGGAACGAAGAUGCAAAACUGACUCACGGUUGGUUUGCCGUCCGAAACCGCUCAACAAAGGAUAUCAAGGAUGGUAUGACGAUUGAGGACCGCCACAAACGGGAAAAGGAAUUCUUUUCCACCGUAGCGCCGUGGAACACUCUUCGACCGGACAGAGUUGGGAUCAAAUCCCUGAAGGCUUUCUUGGGUCAACUCCUGUAUGCGCAUAUUCGUGGAGAGUUUCCCCAUGUCGUCAAGGAUAUCGAAGAAUUCCUGCUAGACGCGCGGGAGGAGUUGCAACAGCUGGGCCUUCGCGGCAAACAGCCUCAGAUCAGCGACGCUAUUUGA